CAUGUAGAGCAGCGCAGCGAGCAGCGCGGAGAGAGAGAGACAGAGACAGAGACACGAGGAGCAGCGGCGGAGAUUACGAGCCUCACACCGCGUUUCAGAGCUCUCACACCGGCCACAGCCUGAGGGAAAUUACCGAGAGCUGAACGAGAGACCGAGCUGAGCGAGAGUACGAGCGGUGUCGGGUUCGGGAGAGACAGGGAGACGGCGGGAGGAGGCGAGGGACGGGUCGGAACCGGUGGAAAUAUAAUCUGUAAACUCCAUUUGCUGAAGCGGAUCCGGAGCUGAGCAGCGCUGUAGCUGAUUCUCCAGCCCGCCAGAGAGCUCACCACUGCCCGGAUACCUCCUCAUGCAGAGCCGCUGAGCUUUAUGGACGAUUUGUUUUGGUGUUUUUUGAAAUAUUUUGUUAAUUUGACAUUUUUUACCAGUUUUUGAACUGUUUCUUGACCCCCCACGGGACACAGAAAGAAAGCUACAGUCAUUUAGACGCUUGAAAACGAAUUUACUCGGCUGUAAAAGAGUAGGGACGAUGGUGAACCCCGGUGGCAGUGCCCAGGCGGCUCCGGUUGGCGCAGGCUCGAUGUCGUGGAAGCGGUGUGCAGGCUGCGGGGGGAAGAUCGCGGACCGUUUCCUGCUCUACGCCAUGGACAGCUACUGGCACAGCCGCUGCCUCAAAUGCUCCUGCUGCCAAGCCCAGCUCGGAGAAAUCGGCACUUCCUGCUACACCAAGAGCGGCAUGAUCCUCUGCAGAAACGACUACAUCAGGUUAUUUGGAAACAGUGGGGCGUGCAGUGCUUGCGGUCAGUCCAUCCCAGCCAGCGAAUUGGUCAUGAGGGCACAGGGCAAUGUGUACCACCUCAAGUGUUUCACGUGUUCUACCUGCCGGAACCGGCUGGUCCCCGGAGACCGGUUCCACUACAUCAACGGCAGCUUGUUCUGCGAACACGACAGACCCACAGCACUCAUUAACGGCCAUUUGAGUUCACUGCAGACCAACCCACUACUGCCCGACCAGAAGGUGUGUUAGAGGGGCGGAGCUAAACCAGUGGGACGUGUGCCUUCAUUCCAACCCUCGCUCAUAUUGUCACUGAAGUUCUCUCAGUCCUGACCGCCACCCUCUCCCCUCACCUCCGGAGCCGACCGUGAACCCGCAUUCUCCACCAAUACUCAACUCUGCUAAACUACUCCAUUUACCCCCCUCCCCCUCUCUCUGAUAUCCCACAAUUCCUCUCCACGCCCCCAAAACCCCGAUCAUAGGCGGAUUCCCAGCGCAGAUGCGCUUCUGAAGGAAAUCUGAGGCCUCCAUGAACUCCGUGAUUUACAGGAGACACAUCGGACCCCGAGGGACUCAAAGACACAAAGAGAAAGACGAGAGAGAAAACGUGAGACAAACAGAGAGAGAGAUAUAGACUAAGCAAAAAAGGACAUUUCGGGUAAAGAGAAGGAAACAAGAAAGAACGAGAAAGAGAGAGAGAGAAAAUAAGAGGAACAAAGCUAAUCAGCAGCAGCUUUCUGACUGCCGAAUGGUGGUUCGAGUCUUAAGUUUGUUUGAUAAUUCCUAAGGGAUAAUUCCGAAAAAACCAGACUGCUUUUUUCCCUUUUUACUGUUAUUUUUGCUCUUUACUUCCGUAUCUAUUCUCUUUUUUCCUUCACAAACGCGGUAUCUCCUCUUUCUAUAUUUUAAAUGUUGUAAAGGGAAUGUGUUUCAUUUUUUGGGGUGAUUUAUGAAAAAUCAAAAAGACUGGGUUCCAAGAAGUAUCCGUGGCUUUUUUUGUGCAGAUCCGAUCAUGAACACUCUUGGUGUAUUUGUAAAACUAUCAUGUAUGUAUGCAUGUAAAUGUUUUUGUCCCAACGUGGCUACCGUACAUUCUCCACCCGACGAACAACUAAAAUCCACACCCCCCACCCGACCCGACCCAACCCCACCCCACCCCCUCCUCUUAUCUGAACCUGGAACAUUUGCGGCGACAGAUGAAAAAAGAUGCUCAUAGCCGUCGACUUAUAAAUGCUGAAUGAGAGAGAAAUCUAUUUGUGAUAUUUUCAGAGACAUUUGCUCCAGUAUGGUGUAUUUAAUUAAUAAAAACGUUAAGAUUAAAAAAAA